CUCCUGGUGGGUUGCACCGGGGCACACCUUGCCGGUUCAAAUUCAGAGCGGGGGGGACCUUUUUUUUCCUUCUGAAGUUGCGUCUUGGAAGUCGCACAACACAAUCCAGGGUUGGGACUUGUGUCAAGGCGACAAUCUGGUCUUGGAGAAGAUAAAGACAAAGGGGCACAAAGGAAAGGAUACCACCAUCUGGACCUAGAACGACACAAUUCCGAUGCCGGUGACAUGGCUAUUUUCCGCGGAUGGCACAUGUUGCAUGUGCCAACGUCCCCCCGUCUCCAGGGAAGAGGUGGAGCCCCCGUUUGUCAAUUUUUCCCCUGCUGCUGCUGCUGCUUGCUGCUGAUGAGGCACUUUGGCACCCUGGCACUCCUGGCCGGCCAGUAGCUGUUGGGGUGCAGCCAGCGCAGCGGAUGCACAAAAUGACACAACGGCGCAAAGGGCUCCAAUGGGGAGGGUAAAAACGGGCAUGGAAGGAUGACCUUGUGGGGCAAGCGUCCAUAUUGCAACUCUUCGGGGGCACUGGGGGAAAAGAAGGUGGGGGAAUCGGGAUAAGAAGUCCAAGAAAGUGAAAGUCGGAGGGUCUUUCGCUCAUCCCAUCCCCCCUUCCCAUUUUCCCAUCAUACAUUCAGGUUUCCCGUUAGAGAAGAAAAGAUUGACAUUGUGCAGCGGCCACUGACAUCAGUUCCAUCUGCAUCUACAUUGUUAUUACUGCAUCUGGAUAUACAUACUUUCUUCUCUCUCUCUUUUUCCUGUCACACACACCAGCACGACCACAAUGGGAUCCAUCGUCCAAGCACCCACCCUCGCCACCCAGGCCAUGCCCUUCAAAGUUCUCGUCGUGGGCGGCUCCUACGGCGGUCUCUCCGCCGCCCUCAACCUCCAAGAUCUCUGCAGUGGUCUCGCACCACGAUGCGGCCCCAAGCCAGUCGAGGGCGCGCCAGUGAUCGAGACACCACAGUUCAACGUUGACAUCACCAUUGUAGACGAACGUGAUGGCUUCUACCACCUCAUCGGCUCCCCCCUCGCCCUGGCCGACGAAGACUACGCGGCCAAGUCCUGGGUAAGAUACGAAGACGUCCCCGCCGUCUCCCAAUCCCAACACAUCCGCGUCCUCCACGGCUCUGUCAAGUCAGUUGAUCAAACCUCCAAGACGGCCACUUACCUCCCCCACGGCCUGGUGUCCUCCCCAGAAAACACAAGCACUCUUUCAUAUGACUUUUUGGUCGCCGCCGCCGGCCUCCGCCGCGUCUGGCCUGUGGUUCCGCAGUCUCUCCGCAGGAAACAGUUUCUCUUUGAGGCCGGCGACCAUAUCCGUGCUGCCACUACUGCCCGCCACGGCGUGGUGGUUGUGGGCGGUGGUGCGGUCGGUAUCGAGAUGGCUGCUGAGCUGAAGCUUGUCCAGCCUCAGUUGAAGGUCACGCUUGUGCACUCGAGGGAUAAGCUUCUCAGCUCGGAGCCGCUGCCGGAUGAGGUCAAGGAUAAGAGUUUGGAGCUGUUGCUUGAGGCGGGGGUUGGCGUGAGGAUGAGCACUAGGUUGGAUAAAACGGAGGAGGUGGUGGACGAGCAGGGGAAGAAGGCGGUCAGGGUGUGGUUUACCGAUGGGGAGAGCAUUCUCGCCGAUCAGGUCAGCUUGGCGGUGUCCCGGUCUGUGCCGUCGACGGCUUUUUUGGGGGUGAAGGAGACUGGUGUGUUGGAUGAGGAGGGGUAUGUGAAGAUUCAGAGUAGCUUGGCUUUCCCGGCUGAGACGCCAAACUGGAGUGAUCACUUUGCUAUUGGGGAUUUGGUAAAGUGGUCGGGGAUUAAGAGGUGCGGCGGGGCUAUGCAUAUGGGUUUUUUCGCUGGGAAUAAUAUUCAUCAGAGAAUGAUUGAGAUUGCUUCUGGGAAGGAGCCUGCCUUCCUUAAGCUGGAUGAGAUCCCGCCCAUGAUUGGGUUGGCGGUGGGGAAGAAGGCGGUUUCGUACUGGCCUGCGACUGGUGUGUCGGCCGGUGAGGAUGUCUCGCAGGCCUUCUUUGGGGAUGAUCUUGGGUUUACGAUCUGCUGGAAUCACUUGGGGCUUGGAAACAGGCAAAAGUUGUGAGGGUGUUUUGAGAUGCAUAGCGAGAUUUUGGGUUCACAAAAAGUACGUGGUUGGAUUUGGUAUGACUAGGGUUUAGAUCUUAUGACAUAUAGGGGACGUUUCUUUUCUUUUGGUUACAACAAAACUUGUUCUGAUUGAAGUUUUUAGGACACAUAGGCACGAGAAAUGUUGAAGAAUAUUGGAAUGACCAACUUUUAAC